AUGGCUGAUCAUAUACAAAUCCUUGCGAAAGCUUUUCCUACACUUACAGCUUCGGAGAUAAAUGAUAUUAAUUUCAUGUAUCCGACACUUGAAGAAAAACAACAAGCCUGUGCGAAUUUAGCGGUAAAUAAAGUUAAGGUAAAUCAAAAUGAAUUUAUUUUUUAGAAAAAUAAUUAAUUUUUAGAUAAUUUUAUAUAAAAUCAGAAUAUUCAAGAGGAGCACAUUUCUCAAGCCCCGGCUGAGGCAUCAAUGGAUUAUCAUGAAACUAUUCAAGAUAUCCUUACCGAAAUCCUAAGGUCUGACUGUGGAACUUCUUAUAAUCAAGCCAUUUCUGUCAUCAAAACUAUAUUAGAAAAUAUAAAACGCGACCCAAAUAAUGACAAAUAUAAAAGAAUUAGGCUCAACAACCCAAAAUUCCACAGCUCACUAGGGCAAUAUGAAACUGGGGUAGUUUUGCUUGAAAUUCUUGGGUUUCGGAAAGAAAUAGAUGGAGAAGAAGUCUUAUUGAUGCAGGAAUACAAUGAUUAAGAUUAUGCUCUAGCAGGUCUUUAGGGGUUUGUUUUAGCCCAUUACCGUCCCAGCGCAGGCUUCAGGUUCAAGUGUCCCUAAUCGCCAGUGUCAAACCUCCCUUCGAUAUCACCAGUCUCUCGGAGAGACUCACCCGAAGUUUGUGCCUGGGUCUCACCUUGCAGGACCGAAUCUCUCUAACACUGGUAGUACUAGAGUAUGGGUAAAGUGUCUUAGUGCCUCAUUCUGGUCUACCUGUAUGAUACAGGAAUAGAAUAGUUCCGAGAAUGCGUGCCGACAUAGCGCUCUCAUAUCGAGUUUCAACCAGGCAAAAAUCAGCCCGGACUUCCCAAAAGUAUUGAAUUCACUCUACGACUAAAAUCAACUCAUCAAUCACAUUGGACCUAUCACAACUCGCCAUUUUUUACAAAAUGGAAUACAAUGAGGAAUAUAUAAAAUAUGCAUUAGGCAUUAUUUCAAGGAUAAAUCCUGCCCCACCUCAGCCGCCUGUCAGUCAGAAUAGAAAUGAAUUUUUAGCAAAAAUUCAUGAAGACAGAGCAAAGCAGCCAUUUACAUAUGUGAGACCUAACAGGAAUUUGAAUAUGCCAAAUGACACAACCUUGCAGCUGCAAGAGUACAGGAGGCAGAAAAAAGGGGCUUAUUUUCAUGAAAGGCCAGCAAGAGUAAUGACACUUGCUGAUUUAAAUAGACAAGCCCCCUCUGCGCCUUAUCAUAAUUCCCCACAGCCCCAUUAUGAUUCUUUAUCAAGUUUUGAUAAUCCUAGAAAUAUUGCAAUCAGAGCCUUCCAAUUAUUCUUUAUUUAUUUAUAUAAAUCAUUAUUUUUUUUAAAAACAAAAUAACCCUUAAUUUUCAGUAAAAAUAAUUUUAUUAGAUAUAUCUAAUGAAUUCAGAAAAAGCCAAGGACUCUGUGAGCUUGUAUGGGAUGAAGGAUUAAUGGAAAUCGGAAAAGUCCAUUCUACCAAUAUGGGAGAUGGAAGAGUUGCAUUUGGCCAUGACGGAUUUAAUGCUAGAUUUAGACAAUUUCCUAUACCUUAUGUCAGAAGUGGCGCUGAAAAUGUAGCCAUGAGCCAUGGGAUGGGAGAUCCUGCCAAAGUUGCAGUAGACGGGUGGAUCAACUCUCCAGGGCACAGGAAAAAUUUGCUGGGGCAUUUUAAUUAUAUGGGGAUUGGUGUGUAUCAGAAUCAAAAAGGAGCUUGGUACUUCACUCAGUUAUUCGCAGGAAUCUAA